AUGGCCCAACAAACUAAACCUGAACUGCGCGCUAGUGACUCUACUUCACUACCUACAAACCUCUUCACCCGAUCAUCUGGUUUCCCAUCACGUCGAGGUCAGAAAGACAAAACAGAUCAAGCAGUUCGAGAGACCGAUACCGAUGCAGCACUCGCCAGACUCUCAGCUGCAUCCUUAGGCUACAUUGAGGACCCGUUUGUACCACUUCUUCUGCGCGACUCACCCUCUUCCGUUCGUCGACCGCCAUGGGUUAACAUAGGGACUCAUCAUCGCACAUACAUUAUGGACCUUCUUAUUCUUCAUUUUAUCAAUUCCCCAGCUCCCAUCGAUCCUCAAACCGGUCUCCCACGUCCCAAACAAGUCUUAUCCCUCGGCGCGGGCUCAGACAGUCGAUUCUGGCGCCUCCGCAAUCGGUGGUCUGGGACAUGGCCAAUCAGCAUGUGGGUUGAGACAGAUUUUCUAGAGAGCACAUCGAUCAAGGCGAAGCGGAUUGCAAGUAAUGAGCGACUCUCGACGCUCUGCGGCGGGAACGUUUCUCCUAGCAAUCACACCUCACACGAGACCUCGCCUCACACAGCACAUAGUCAAGACCCCACUGAGCUAUACUCAAAGCAUUACACACUCCUUUCCAGUGAUCUCCGUUCGACCCAAGAACUCGUUCCAAAAUUGAAAUCCGUCCUCAAUCCUGAUGGCUUCACUCUCAUCCUCGCCGAGCUUGUACUCGUCUACCUCUCACCUUCAGACUCCUCGGCGUGUCUCCGCCACAUCAUUGAUGCCCUUGCUCCUGGACCAAUGAUGCUUGUGAGCUAUGAGGCUUUAGAUCUUGGUGAUAACUUCAGCCGGGUCAUGGUCCAAAACCUUAAGGCGCGUGGUCUCGAAUUACUUGGACUGGCGGGAAAUCAAUCGGCGAAAAGCCUUGCUGAUCGGUUUGAGCAACUCGGAUUUCAGUCUUCUGCAUCCAUUGACAUCACUAGCCUACGCUCAACAGAUCUAUCGGCACCUCAAGCGUUCAUUGAAACAUGGCAGGAAGAAUUGAAUCGAAUCAGACGGUUGGAGUCAAUAGACGAACUCGAAGAACUUCACCUUGUCCUUGCGCAUUACGCUGUCUCUUGGGCUAUCAUUCGUCAUAAAGGUGCACAGAUUGGCAAAAACCAUUUGUCAGGCGCUUUUUGUCUCCCGGAGUUGGGAGAACAAUCUGGUUAG